UGGAUAUCCAUAGAUAUAUAAACUGUCGUUCAGGACCAUUGGAAGAUGACAUAUUCAGAAAGUAAACGGAGAUUUAUGACUUUAGUUUUUCAAAUUGCAAUCAUGGAAAAUUGGAAAUUGAAAUACACCCCCCGCCAAUUUUGAAGUGCAUUUCUUUGACCUUUUUACAUACUCGCCCGUGCUUCCAAGUUUUUAUUUUUUUUCUCUCAUUUUCCACGUCAAACUUGGGUCAAAGACUCAGAGCAAUUAAACAAAGAAGAAUUCUAGCUACUGUUUGUUUAAGGGGGGCUACAUAGGUAUGCAUGAGCCUUCAUAGAAGAAGCCAAAGUCUACCCAGUCCUUUUCUUACCGGGUCAAACUUUGUGUGUUUGCUGUGUCUACAUUGCUCGUCACGAGCUCAAUAUUCAAAGUGCAUUAUUUUACCAGAAAGAAUACUAAUAGUUUUGUGCCUGCAGAAGACAGACUUAAUAUUCUUGAGCCUCUCUCAUUCUCUGACAUUGCAGACCAAAUGGGAAACUCAAUGGCAUGCUUCUCCCCUGCGCACAUACCAAAGAAGCUGAGCACCAACUUGUCAAGGAAGCCCUCCAAGAGGUCACCCAACUCUUCACCUUUCUUUGGCUCCUCGGCUAGUACUAGAAGAACCAAGGGUUCUCCCAAGAAGACGUCACAGACCCUUGCUGAUGAUUUGAUGCUUCAACAACAAGCUAUAGAGGCGGUUCUGUUGUUCCAGAACCACCAGAAGAACAAUGGAUCGCAACCCUUCAACCGGUCCACCUCUGUGGUGUUUCCGGCUCCUGGACCAAAGAAGAAUCAGGCCUUCACAAAAAGCUCCAGCUCUAGGCAGCCUUUGGUUUCUGAGACUCUCUUUCAGCCUCUUGAGCUUGUUGACAAGCAGCAGGAUGUAAAGAUUGAUGGGCUGGAAACAAAUCAUUUUGUACUUGUUCACGGAGGUGGAUUUGGUGCUUGGUGCUGGUAUAAAACAAUGACACUUCUAGAAGAAAGUGGGUUCAAGGUUGAUGCAGUUGACUUAACUGGUUCCGGAAUCCACUCAUUUGAUACAAACAGCAUUACAAGUCUUGCACAAUAUGUGAAGCCACUUACUGAAAUCCUUGAGAAUCUAGAGGAGGGGAAAAAGGUCAUUUUGGUUGGACAUGAUUUUGGUGGUACAUGUAUCUCAUAUGCAAUGGAGUUGUUUCCAUCUAAAAUUGCAAAGGCCAUCUUCAUAUCUGCAGCAAUGUUAACUAGUGGGCAGAGUACUCUUAAUCUGUUUGCUCAACAGACAGGCUCGAACGAUCUGAUGCGUCAGGCUCAGAUAUUCUUGUAUGCAAAUGGGAAGGAUCAGCCUCCUACUGCUAUUGGUCUCGGCAAAAAAUUUACCGAAGACUUAUUGUUCAAUCAAAGUCCAGCAAAGGAUGUUGCAUUGGCAUCAGUAUCAAUGAGGCCAAUCCCUUUUGCACCAGUAACUGAGAAGCUCUCUCUUUCUGACAAGAAUUACGGAUCUGUCAGGCGGUUUUUUAUAGUCACUCAAGAAGAUCAUGCCAUCAGCGUUCCACUACAGGAGGCAAUGCUAGAAUCAAACCCGCCAGAACAGUUUUAUCGACUAAAAGGCUCUGAUCAUGCACCUUUUUUCUCAAGGCCUCAGGCUUUGCAUAGGAUAUUAGUAGAGAUAUCCCAGGUUCCACCAAAUCUGAGUUGAGCUUCAGUUGCUUACCAGAUAUAUAUAGCAAUGUUAAAGAGUCCAACACAUAAUAGUCUUCAUUGUUCAGUG